CCCGGCGCAGGCGGGGGCGGAGGCGCGAGCGGAGCAUGAAUGGGGCAAGAUGGCGGAUCAUGUGCAGAGCCUGGCCCAGCUGGAGAACCUGUGCAAGCAGCUCUAUGAGACCACGGACACGGGCACGCGCCUGCAGGCUGAGAAAGCCCUGGUGGAGUUCACCAACAGCCCCGAGUGUCUGAGCAAGUGCCAGCUGCUGCUGGAGAGAGGCAGCUCCUCCUACUCGCAGUUGCUGGCUGCCACCUGCCUUACCAAGCUGGUGUCCCGCACCAACAACCCCCUGCCCCUGGAGCAGCGCGUCGACAUCCGGAAUUACGUGCUCAACUACCUGGCCACUCGGCCCAAGCUGGCGACGUUCGUGACGCAGGCGCUGAUCCAGCUCUACGCCAGGAUCACCAAGCUGGGCUGGUUCGACUGCCAGAAGGACGAGUACGUCUUCAGGAAUGUCAUCAACGAUGUCACCAGGUUCCUGCAGGACAGUGUAGAGCACUGCAUCAUAGGAGUGACAAUCCUGUCCCAACUAACGAAUGAAAUUAAUCAAGCUGACACGAGCCACCCCCUGACCAAGCACAGGAAAAUCGCCUCGUCCUUCCGCGACUCCUCGCUCUUCGACAUCUUCACCCUGUCCUGCAGCCUGCUCAAACAGGCUUCUGGGAAGAACCUGAACCUGAACGACGAGAGCCAGCACGGGCUGCUGAUGCAGCUGCUCAAGCUCACCCACAACUGCCUGAACUUCGACUUCAUCGGCACCUCCACGGACGAGUCCUCGGAUGAUCUGUGCACCGUGCAGAUCCCCACCAGCUGGAGAUCAGCAUUCUUGGAUUCUUCGACCCUUCAGUUGUUUUUUGAUCUUUAUCAUUCCAUCCCUCCUUCAUUUUCUCCUCUGGUUUUGUCGUGCUUGGUGCAGAUCGCCUCCGUGCGCCGCUCGCUCUUCAACAACGCCGAGAGGGCCAAGUUCUUAUCUCACCUGGUGGAUGGAGUGAAAAGGAUACUGGAAAACCCCCAGGUGAGUAUUCAAGGUGGGAAUGGAGGCUCUGUGUCCUCUCCUCACUGGGAAUUCGCCCCCAACAGCGUGCACUACCUGCUGAGCCUGUGGCAGCGCCUGGCUGCCUCGGUGCCCUACGUCAAGGCCACGGAGCCGCACAUGCUGGAGACGUACACGCCCGAGGUGACCAAGGCCUACAUCACCUCCCGCCUGGAAUCCGUGCACAUCAUCCUCAGGGAUGGCCUGGAGGACCCUCUGGAGGACACGGGGCUGGUGCAGCAGCAGCUGGACCAGCUGUCCACCAUCGGGCGCUGCGAGUACGAGAAGACGUGUGCGCUGCUGGUGCAGCUCUUUGACCAGGCUGCCCAGUCCUACCAGGAGCUGCUGCAGAGUGCCAGUGCCAGCCCCAUGGACCUGGCUGUGCAGGAAGGCCGCCUGACGUGGCUCGUGUACAUCAUCGGCGCUGUCAUCGGUGGCCGCGUGUCCUUUGCCAGCACGGACGAGCAGGACGCCAUGGACGGAGAGCUGGUGUGCAGGGUGCUGCAGCUGAUGAACCUGACGGACUCGCGCCUGGCGCAGGCGGGCAAUGAGAAGCUGGAGCUGGCCAUGCUCAGCUUCUUCGAGCAGUUCCGUAAGAUCUACAUCGGGGACCAGGUGCAGAAAUCCUCCAAGCUGUACAGGAGGCUCUCGGAGGUGCUGGGGCUGAACGAUGAGACCAUGGUGCUGAGCGUCUUCAUUGGCAAAAUCAUCACCAACCUGAAGUACUGGGGCCGCUGUGAGCCCAUCACCUCCAAGACUCUGCAGCUGCUCAACGACCUCUCCAUUGGCUACAGCAGCGUGCGGAAGCUGGUGAAGCUCAGCGCCGUGCAGUUCAUGCUCAACAACCACACGAGCGAGCACUUUUCCUUCCUGGGAAUCAACAACCAGUCCAACCUGACGGACAUGCGCUGCCGCACCACCUUCUACACGGCCCUGGGCCGGCUCCUCAUGGUGGAUUUAGGGGAGGACGAGGAUCAGUACGAGCAGUUCAUGCUGCCCCUCACCGCUGCCUUCGAGACCGUGGCUCAGAUGUUCAGCACCAACUCCUUCAACGAGCAGGAGGCCAAGCGCACGCUGGUGGGGCUGGUGCGGGAUCUGCGCGGCAUCGCCUUCGCCUUCAACGCCAAGAGCAGCUUCAUGAUGCUCUUCGAGUGGAUUUACCCCUCGUACAUGCCCAUCCUGCAGAGAGCCAUCGAGCUCUGGUACCACGACCCCGCCUGCACCACGCCCGUCCUCAAACUCAUGGCUGAGCUGGUCCACAACAGGUCCCAGCGGCUGCAGUUUGAUGUCUCCUCUCCCAACGGGAUCCUGCUUUUCCGGGAGACCAGCAAGAUGAUCACGACCUACGGGAAUCGCAUCCUGACGCUGGGGGAGGUGCCCAAGGACCAGGUGUACGCGCUGAAGCUCAAGGGAAUCUCCAUCUGCUUCUCCAUGCUGAAGGCGGCGCUGAGCGGCAGCUACGUCAACUUCGGCGUCUUCCGGCUCUACGGGGACGACGCGCUGGACAACGCCCUGCAGACCUUCAUCAAACUGCUGCUGUCCAUCCCCCACAGCGACCUGCUGGAUUAUCCCAAGCUGAGCCAAUCCUAUUAUUCCCUGCUGGAAGUGCUGACCCAGGACCACAUGAACUUCAUUGCCAGCCUGGAGCCUCAUGUGAUCAUGUACAUCCUGUCCUCCAUCUCCGAGGGCCUCACCGCGCUGGACACCACGGUGUGCACGGGGUGCUGCUCCUGCCUGGACCACAUUGUCACCUACCUGUUCAAGCAGCUCUCACGCAGCACCAAGAAGAGAACGACGCCGCUGGCGCAGGAGAGCGAUCGCUUCUUGCACAUCAUGCAGCAGCACCCCGAGAUGAUCCAGCAGAUGCUCUCCACAGUGCUGAACAUCAUCAUCUUCGAGGACUGCCGGAACCAGUGGUCCAUGUCCCGGCCCCUGCUCGGCCUCAUCCUGCUCAACGAGAAGUACUUCUCGGACCUGCGGAACAGCAUCGUGAACAGCCAGCCCCCCGAGAAGCAGCAGGCGAUGCACCUGUGCUUCGAGAACCUCAUGGAGGGCAUCGAGCGCAACCUGCUCACCAAGAACAGGGACAGGUUCACCCAGAACCUGUCGGCGUUCCGGAGGGAGGUCAACGACUCCAUGAAGAACUCGAGCUACGGCGUCAACAGCAACGACAUGAUGAGCUGACACUGCCAGCCAGGAGCCACCCCAGAACCCCCAAAAAAACCCCAAAUCCCCAGGCAGGAGGGAGCAGCAGGUUCAGCUCACCUGGGCAGGUGUUUUCCCCGUGGGGAAGGGACAGAAUCCAGGUGCAGGAAUUCCAAGGUGUUGUCUCUCUCUCU